AUGAACAACGGCCCGCCGGUAGUAUAUUAUGAAAAUAUAGAUCCAAGGUGGAUUGCGAAGUUGCAGGAAUUGAAAGAGUAUGGUUAUUAUUCAAAAGAAUGGUCAAAUGGAUGGAGGAAGAGACGAGAG